AUGAAACAUUGGUGGAAUUCAUUCGCACUCCUAGUGCUGUUGGCAUUUGCCUCCGUGGGGAUUUCUCGGCCUACAAUCAUUGAUAUUACCGCCGAAGAGUUCAUGAACUUGGAAAAAGUCACCGUGAGGCAGGAUGGUACGCUCACAAAUCAGUCCAGCUCCCCUGAUAUUAUCUGCACAGGCUGUACCUCCACAUACCAUUACACCAAAGUAGGGGAUGGCAAUCCACAUCAAAACUUUGUCAUCACCCAGAAGGGCGGGACACUGGUGAACUGCGCCACAUCAACUACAUCCACAGGGACAGGAUACUCCACCACUCUUGAUUGGAGCUUGUCUCUUGGUGUAAAUUCAGCAUUCUCAUCAGCAGGAUUCGGUGUCUCAGAGUCAGAGACCUACUCGGUUUCUAACACCUUCACCUGCAACGGCGUUGCUGCUGAGGGAGGGGACAUAUGUGUUCUCUUCUACCAAGCCGUUACUGCGUUUACCGUCGAUGUAACCCAGGUACUUGCCUGUGAGUGUUCUGGGGGAUCAACCAUUGAUCGGGGAACUGCUACAGUCUAUGCACCCAAUGCGAACCAAAUGGGCAGUAUUGCUGGGCGAGGUAUAAAUGUCGCCCAGCACGGUGUGGUGCAAUGCUCAGGAAACGCAGACAGAAGAGUUAACUACUACUGCGGACCUCCCGGCGGACCAGAGUUCUGGAAUGGUUUGGAUGCAGGACCAUGGGUCUCCCAAUACGUCAAUAAUCGUGCACCAGCCGGUUGCUCUAUUCCUAUCGAAGCCAAUAGGUACACUGACUGA